AUGGAUGCCGAAGUAAAACAGAGAAAUCGGCGAAGAAAACGCGCCCAGCGUAUGCAGGCACAACGCGAGAUCAACAAAGCUGACCAUCUCGAUGGAGACAGCGGAGACGAAGAUGUCAUUCCAGCGAAGCCUCCUAGGCCCCCCAACCGACGAAAAAAGUCUAAAGAACCUCUUUGCGAAGAGGACAUUAUUGAUGGAUUCGCAAUAUUACAAUUUCGCUCCUAUGAAGACCUAGAAGUGAGUACAAAACAUGAUUACCAUAACAAUCUCUCCUGCAAUUUUCUCACAAAAGUUUUGGCACAAAAACGCCUAUCGAUCAUAAUAAAUUCAUUUGAAGUGGUCAUUAUUGGAAAUAACUUCAAAAAACCACAAUCAGUGGACAUUUGA